CGCCAAGCCGCGGGCGGAGGAGGGGAGAGGCGGGAGAAGGAGAGGGCCCGCGCUUCGCUCUCUCGCUCGCUCGCGCUCUCUGCAGGGCGGGGCCUCCCGAGGGGGGGCGGGGGUGUCGGUGGGGGCCUCCUCCUCCUCCUCCUCUCGGCGGGGUGGGGGGCGGGGGGAGCGCCAUGGCCGGGCCCGCCAUCCGGAUCGGGGACCAGCUGAUCCUGGAGGAAGACUACGACGAGGCCUACAUCCCCAGCCAGCAAGAGAUCGCGGAGUUCGCGCGGGUGAUCGGGAUCGACCCGGACCGCGAGCCGGAGCUGGUGUGGCUGGCGCGGGAGGGCAUCGUGGCGCCCCUGCCCGCCGAGUGGAAGCCCUGUCAAGAUAUCACUGGGGACAUCUACUAUUUCAACUUUGCCAAUGGGCAGUCAACAUGGGACCACCCGUGUGAUGAGCAUUACCGGCAGCUGGUGAUCCUGGAGAGGGAGAAGCUUCUGGGACAGGGAGGAGGACUCAAGAAAAAGGACCACCCAAAGAAAAAGAAGAAGGAAAGGAAAGAUAAAAAAGAAAGGAGGGAGAGAGACUUAUUGAAACAUCCCGCGGAGGUGCAGUCUGAGUCGGGGAUCCUCCCUUCGGCAUCCUUUUACAGAGUUCCAUCGCCGGUCCUGUUGUCGGGGCGCAAGAGUCCUGACCAAGACCAGCGUAGCCUGAUUGCAAGAAAUGAAGGCUUCUUGAGGAACCACAGGACAAAGGCAUCAGGGAUCCUUCUAGACCCAGCGGACCAACCCUGGAUGUUCUCUGGCCCCGCCCCAAGUAAACUGCAGCCUCUUCUGACUUCAAAGUCGAACAGGACACACCAAAUACUUGCAGAUGUGGAAAAAAUUCUUGGAAGAACUUCAUCUCAUAACAGACUGGACACUGGCUAUCAGCCUUAUGAAGUUCUAGGUGCUGAAAACAGUGAUGCUACAGCUUUUACCUUUUCAGACUCCGAACCUGAGGAUUUGGAUAAAAUGAAGGUUACGAAGCCUAUUUUCCAAACACCCACAGAAUCCUUUCAAAUUGUGGAGAGUGUUCAAACUGUGCUUGACCUGGGUCCUUCUGAGGACCGAAACCUCUUCCACCAGGGAAAGAAUCUAGGCAAAAACCAGGGGUGCGGUCAGGUGGAAGGGAUUGCUGAUUCCUGGAGUGGACAAAGGUCAAAGGAGUCUGACAGGUGUAUGGUGUCGGAUGACAGUUUCUUUCAUGCCUUUGGAAAUGAAAAGCUGUUUUCUCCUGCUUCUUCCAAGUCUGAUAACCAGAAGCACAGUCUUGGAACCAUUGAUGUUCAAGAUGAUAUUCAUGCUGCACAGAAUGGACAGAGACUUCUGAGCAGAAUGAUGGAGAGCAGAAGGGAGAGGUUGCUUCCUGAACAGGGCCAGAUUGCUGAACAUAGCAAGAGCAGCAGUUCAGUUGGCAAGAGUGGAAGGGAGAAUUCUCACCAUUCUGAACUUGAAACACCUGGUGUCUGGACUCAAGGCCAUAACCCCCCUUUGGAGAUUUCUCAAAAGACCGCAGUGAUUACCAAUCUUGGGAAAGAAAAUGGAAUUGGUGAGGUUGCCUGUGUUCUGCAGUUGGCUGCAGAUCAUCCAACUCAGCCCAAAGUUGGGAAGGCCAGUGGUGUGGGGCCCAGCGGUGGCAGCAGCAUGAUGAGCAGUUUGGCAGACCACUUGGAUUCCCAGAUCUUGGGAGAAGUGGACAACUUCUCCUGGGAUCUACAGAGCUCCCAUGAAUCUGAUCAUCCAACAGAUCAGCUGAAUGCAACCCAGAGACCUUUCCUGGAAGCUCUCCAUGCACAGCCUCUGAACUCUCUGGAUAAGUCAGAAAGUGAUCGUUCCUCUGAGGAUCGAGGUUCUCGUCAGCCUGUGUUUCCCAUGAAGAGAUCCCGAGGAGCAGAGCAAGCAGCAUCUGAACCCACCCAGCAACAGCAAGUGUGCACUAGAGAGCCAGGCCUAGAACAGCCUUGCAUAAACUUGGCACUUUAUAUUGCUCAAGAAGAGCCUCAGGGAGCCGAUGGAAGACAAAAGCAAACUGCUUCAACAUUUGGAAGGGGGGGGCAGCAGAGUCCAGGUGAGCAUCAGGUGUGCGUUUUGCAAAACAGGCAUGCAGAAGCAGAUUCAGUCUGCGAGAAAAAAUGGACAGAAGACAACAGCCUGCUUGAGUGUUCACCGGAAGGAGACAGUAAAGAGGCUAAUGUGUCAUUGGUGCAGGAGAAGGACCAAAUCAGGGAAGAGCAAAGUUCAGCCAGUGGAAGACAGGUGGAAACAGACAAGCGUGAGGGGAGUGAAAACUGUUCCGUUGCUUUCGGAAGGAUUGAAGAGACAUGUUCCAGUGUGGAGAAGAUGGGCCUGGCAGAUACUGGUUCCCCGGAGGAGAAGAGAGCUGAAAACAGGCCGAAGGACACCAAGGAGCCUGACGUGCCUUGCCAGGAGUCACUGGAAACAGAGUUGGAGAAGACCAGGCACGAGGAGGAGUUACGUUUGAGGGAGGAGCUCCAGCGCCAUAGUCGGUCUGAACUGGAAGCAGAGAAGGAGAGACUCAGACUAGAGCAGGAGGCAGCCCUGCAUAAACUCAGAGAGGAGCUGGAAUUGCUGCAGCAGCUGGAGAAGCAAAGACUUUGGGAACAGGAGCAGCUUGCUCUGGAGAAAAUGAAGGCGGAAGCAGAAGCUGUUCAGCAGACAGAGCUGAAAAGGCUGGAGCAGGAGAACACGAGAGCCGUGGAGCAAAUGAAGGAGAGACUGCAGAGGGAGAAGGAAGUGGCUAUGGAGGAGCUAGAGAAGAGGUUUUCAACUGAUCUCCAGCACUGGCGUUCUGCGGCAGUCGCCGAGCACCUCAAGGUUGCCUCAAAUCUCCAGUCUCAGGUUACAGAGGCCCCCAGGUGGCAGGAGGCCAGGCUGCAGAAGGAUUUGGGGAGCACAGAGCAGAGCACUGUGCAGAAGAGUCACCAAGUAGCUGACUAUGAGCAUGAGCUGAGCUGCCUCCUGAAGGAGAAACGGCAGGAGAUCGAGCGAGACCAUGCCAGAAGGAUGGAGCGAAUGAGGGAGGCACACCUGGAGGCCCUGGUUGGGCUCCAACAGCAAUAUGAGGACAAGGAGAGGAAGCAGCGGGCAGAGCAGCUGGCUGCCCUGAAAAGUGAGCAGCAACGCCUGGAGCUGCUCCGUGAGGCAGAAGUCGAAGCUUUGCAGAAGAAGCAGGCUGAGCAGCUCAAGGGCUUGCAGAAGAGCCAUCAGGAGCAGGAAGAGGUCUUGAGGAGGAAAAAGCAGGAAGUGCUUGACGAAGGGCAGAAACUUGAGGAACAGAUGAAGGAAGCAACUGUGACUGCUCAGCUCCGCAUUGCGGCGUCCCGGAAAGAGCAGGAAGCUCUGUCAGAGACAGCCCAGCAGCUGCAGAAUUCUCUGCUGGAGCUCCAGGCCCAGAAAGCAGAGCUGGAAUCACAGGUGGAGCUGCUACGCUUGCAGAGUCAGCGGCUGCAGCAGCAGGUCAGUGAGCUGGAGGCUGCGAGCAAGAACAAGGAGGAGCUGCUGAAGAGGCUGGAUGUGCAGAGCAGUGAGGCAUCUCCCAGGAAAAUGGAAGAAGACCUGCGAGUGGAAGACUUGAGAGAGAGCGAUCCGGAGCCCUGCUGCAGAGAGAUGGAAUCUGAAGUGAGCCAGAGCAACAAAGAAAGCGGCCUCCUGCUUGAUCAGGUUCGUCAUUACAUUUCUGCUGAAGGAGCUUCCAUAAAGAAUGCCAAGAAGUUCUUGGUGCAUCAGACCCGUUCCAUGAGGAAAAGGCAGACCACCCUGAGAGCCAUUAAACAGCACUGGGACCAUGACCUGCAAAGCUCACAGGAAACCGUGCAAGACCCAGGCCAGACCCAGGCUUUGGAGGGCGUGCGUCGGAAUCUGGAGGAGGAAGCGAGGCAGUUGGACGAAAUGAAGUCUGUCAUGAGAAGAGGCCAGGCUUUGCUGAAGAAGAAAGAGGAGAGGCUCAGCCAGCUGGAGGUCUCCUUGUUGGAAGAGUUCUCUGAGGAAGAUACGCUGAAGGGAACAGCAUGCAAGAAGGUGGUGACCUUUGACUUCAGCGACUCCGAAGACUCAUGUGGUGUGGCAAACACCAAGGAGUCUCCCCACAAAAUAGUUGACUUGAAACCAGGCUUGCAGUUUCCCCCCCAGAGUGACAAGAUCCAGUACUUGACCGAGUCCCUGCAGCGGAUUAGCAGUGAUCUGAACGGAGUCCUCGGCCUCCUGAGUACCUUCAGCAACCAGCAGCCUCCUCGCCUCCCUUCCACGCAGGGACCAACGUCUCCACGGCCCAAGGACAACAUUCCUCUUGCUGCUUACAUCUCUCUGGCGCGUGCCCAUCCUGCCUCACUCUUUGUGCCUUCCCCUGGGCCUCCACUGGCUAACCAAUGGGCCUGGCCGACUGGCUUGGGUCCCAGGCUGGCAUCAUCUACUGACAGGGCAGUGGACAGCAUGUUGGCGGAGAAGUGGCACAGAUAUUUCCCAGGUGGCUUCCCAUUGCCCUGCAGAGGUUCCAACUCUUUAGAUGGCAAGCGAGGUUGCGUGGCAUCCAGUGAGCAAGUUUGCCUGUUCCAGCAGCACCGUUUCCAAUCGCAUGAGAUGGAAAAGCCGAAUAUCCAAGGUAUGAUUGAAGCCAACAAGAAAUGGCUGGAAAGUUUCAAGCAGGAUUCCAAAGUACCUCUCUUCUCAAGCUCACCAAAGCCAACAGCAAGUUCCAGUGGCCCGGCGAGGCUUGGCUUGGAUGACAGCAACCAAAUCAAAAUCUUCCACUUCUGAACCAUGGAGGGCUGGGACAUGAACUGGAGAGUUUCUGGCCUAGUGAAUAUUCUCUGCCCCUCCCAUCCAACAGCCGAGUCUUGAAGUUGAGAAUACAUGGCAUUAUCUCUGUUCCCAGCAGCCUCUGUGCAUGCUUUGGUCUGGGCCACAGGAGCCCCAAGCUGGUAUACUUUUCCUACUUCUGUGGCAUGAUGCUGAUUCACAGGGUGGGUUGUACAUGGUUUGAUGCCUGUGCCACCCAGCACUUUAGACAGCCAGACAGCCCAGUGAGCAGAGUCGCCACUUGGGGGGGGGGGGGCGGGCAUCCCUGGUGGAGGGCGCCAGUUGGCACAAGCUGCAAAACAGCUCACUAAAGCUCAAAACUUUCAACCUGGGUUACCUCCUCUCCACAACCUGAAUGCAGAAUUCAAGCUGUGAAUACCGUGGCAUAAUGUUCUGUAACUUUGCCCAGAGACCAGUGAUGUCCAAAGAAACCACCAAGGGGAUAAUGUUCUGCGUAAGUUUAUGUCCUGAAUUGCUGCCUUCUUCCACCUGCCGCAUCCCUGCUUCAGCAUUUUCCCAAAUUCCCAGUCUUUCUAGAUUCUGGGGAGCCGUCCUCGCAGCUGGGACUGGGUUCCUCUGUGAGAUGAAAGCUGGUAACUCUGCAGCAUUCCCAGUGGCAGAGAUGGGUCUUCCAGGGCUGCUGAGGGCUGAGUGCUCCAUAUGUUCCUUCUGCGUGACCCACUCAGCUUCUGCUACAGGGUGACAUUUUCUUGGCAGCACUGUCAACUGUAUGGAAGAGUACGAGCAACAUAGUGGCUGCAAAGUCCUUUUACUAGCUCCUGGGCGGUGGAAGCCCAAUCCUUGCUGAAGCUUCCUCUAGAAUACUCAGGUUUGGGGGGUUUCCUUUCUGUGUGUCUGCAGGUGGUGUCCCUUUUAAAUGGACGGGACUGGUCUUGGAGGCGGUGACCAGUCCAGGCUUCUCACACACACACGCAACUCCCCCCUGAACUUGUGCUGCUGCAGUGCCCACACUUGGUUCCUGUGCCUGGCCCAGGUUCCUCCAGGUUCUCCUCACUAUCAGUGGGGCAUUCUGGAGCAGACCAUGCAGACUGUUGAAAUCACUUCUGUUAGUUGGGCUGAGCAGCUGCCCUCCUGGGAUCGGUGACCCCUUUCCAGUGCGUAUCCAGACAGUGGAAAAGGCAUACCUUUUGGGCGUGUGCCACAGCCUAUCUUCUAAUAAGAGGCUUUUUAUCUGUAGGCUGUAUUUUGCAUUCCAAUUAAAAUAAGUGUUUUGCACAA